UUCAACGCUGCGUUACUUGUUAUAUUCGUAUAUUCUUUCGGGAAUCCGGAAAAAAUUUCAUUGAAACUGUCGGAAAUUUACGCUUGCGAUAAGUAUGACAACGAAAAGCGGAGAUAAUGUAUCUGCGUGAUACCGAUAGUCUGUGUAAAGUUGUUAAAAAAAAAUAACAGAAUAAAAAUAUGACCUGCUGAAAAUGUGACUGAUGAAUCAAGCAAUUCGACAGACUAGAUUCUUUUGAUACAACAAGAUAAGACAUGAUUUUCAAUUGUCCACAAGCCGACACUUGAUUAAUAUACAAGAAAUUAAUUAUCACAUCUUCCGAUCAGGAAGUAAACAGCCUGAAUCAUACGCCAUUAUUGUAAUCGAUAUCACCAAUGCUAUCAGAUUAGGGAAAAGCGGUGAUACUAUAAAACGUCCGGAUUCUUGCAAUAUGAAAGCAUUCGAUCGAAAAGUCAGUACAACGUAGCAUCAAUUAAAUUCUCCAUCGAAAUGAAGGUUAUUUGCACUCUGGUAUUCACAAUCCUGUUCGCUGCCGUUACCUCAGCUGGCAGGAUACAUAUAAAACAGGAAGAUGAAAUUCGCGAUAAACCAGACGACGUGCUCAGUUCAAUCCUGCAUAAGCUACCUCACGACGGAGAAGAUCUGCUUCGCAAGAUCCAAUCUCACAAAGUAAAGGGCCCCUUACCCGAGAUCCCACCUCACGAAGAAAGAGACCCGCUCCUUGGAGUCGGACAUCCACCGAAGCAUCAUCCCAAGGAACUGAAGGAACACAGAAGACCUGCACCGCAUCAGAAACCACCGAAGCACCCGGAGAACGAAGACGCGUUAGUUACAACAACGGAAUCUGUACCUGAAGGUACUUCUACAAACAGCACAACUCCAGCUUCCAUUACCGUGGAAACCGAAUCAGACAAUGAAAUUGUAACCAGCACGGAAACAGAAUCUACCACAGAAUCUGAAGAUGAUGGAUCUACAGAGUCAAGUGCAGCUUCUACCUUCGAACCAAAUUCAGAUAAUGCAACUGAAGCUAGUGGAGACUCAGAAUCUACGACCACACCUGAUCCUGAAGAAGAAGAAAAAGAAGAAGCAGAAGGAGGAUCUACAGAGGCAAAUGUGACUACAACUGUAAAGACAGAAUUAGAGAGUGAAUCUGAAGCUGGUAAAGAUUCAGUAGUUUCUACUACAGAAUCUGAGACAACGGAAGUUGCUACGACCAUUCUAAGCACAGACUCAGAGUCAGUCGAAACAACCGCUGUGAAUGGGACAAAGAGCUGGUGGCAAAGAAUGUUCUCCUGGAUUUGAUCAUUCAUUGAUUGGAAGGACAAGAAUUCUCUUCGUUAGGCUUCUGGUUUUGUUUUAAGUGAAAUUUCUUAUCU